AUGGAGAACACUGUGGUCCAUCAUGAAACAGAAUCAGCAGUGCGGCUAUAUUCUGAAAAUCAACAAAGGCAAUGGGGCAGUAGUGCAAAUCUGGCUCCCACCAUGGAGGAGUACAUUUCACUGUUGCAUCUAGCCAAACUUCCGACACCUUACAAGACGUAUGUACCUACCCGAAUAUCUAUCGUCAAGGAACUUUUUAAAGUCACCAGGGUUAGGGUUCAGAAACUGGGAGACUCAAAAGUCACCUGGGAACACUUGAAAGAGUUGAUAAAAAAUGAAGAGGGGGAACAGGCCCAUCUGUAUUUGUUAGCACUAGCCAUCCACGAUCUGAUUAUAUUUCCAAAGGAACUAGGGACCAUUGACCAUGCAACCAUUGACUUCGUGGCACAGGUGAAGGAAGGGGCUAACCCGGUCCAUGGAAUUCUGGCAGAAACGUUCUGGUCUCUCAACAAAUUUUGGACCAAGAGGCACGCUAGGUUGACUUGCAGUGUGCCAUUGUUGUAUGUCUGGAUAAUGAGUCACUUGCCAUGUAUUCAAGGGAACUUUCGUGCUUCCUUCUCAACAGUCAAGAUCCCUUUGGCAGAGUUUGAGGUAGCUCGGUGGGAAGAGCACGCUAGCAAGACUGAAUGGAAGGACAAGCUGCAACAUUUGGAUAACAAGGGGAUCAUAUGGCGAGCACCGUGGAUGGACCAAUCGAAAGUGGUAUACAUAUGUGGAAACCUACCUUGCGUCCCACUACUAGGCCCCUGGGGAGGAAUAUCCUAUGCACCCCUCAUGUUUAGAAUACAUGUGGGUACAAUGCAGUUCAUACCCAUGACCCACGGGUUGACAAAUACUCAAUUCGCAUAUGAGGCCGAUGAUAGCCAAAAGAAGGUUCGAGAGUUUGUUGUAUGGUGGAGGCAUGUGCACGUGGUAGAAUCCAGUAAUCAGAACUCUGGAGCCUAG